AUGGUCCCACGUACCAAGAAACGACGUCUGACCGAUCUUUCGGAGGACAACAGAGAUGAGAUCUGUCAGCCAGCUACUCAGCCGCAAAAAGAUAGCUGGAACGGAUUCUGUGAAAUCGAGUCAGAGCCUGCUCUCUUCAAUGUAAUGCUCCGAGAGUUCGGGGUGAAAGGAGUCAAGGUUCAAGAGGUUGUAUCUCUUGAGGAGGAAAUGAUGGCUUUCCUUAAUAAACCGAUCUAUGGAUUGAUCUUUCUGUUCCGCUGGCGGGAAGACGAUACAGAUCGGCAGGAAAUCAGCUGUCCCGAUGGGCUCUGGUUUGCAAACCAGACAGCAAUCAAUGCUUGUGCCAGUGUAGCCCUCCUGAAUAUCGUCAAUAAUAUCCCAGAUAUCGACCUCGGGGAAAAUUUGCAGCAUUUCAAAGAAUUCACUUCCACUUUUACUCCAGCUCUCCGGGGCGAUGCUAUCAACAAUUUUGAAUUCGUCAAGAGAAUACACAAUUCCUUCGCACGCAAGAUGGAUAUUCUAAAUGCCGAUCUACAGCUUAAAUCGGAGGCCACCUCCAAAAACCGGUAUAAAGGUCAAAAUACCGGCGACUCAGAUGCUACUUUCCACUUCAUUGCGUUCAUGCCGGCCAUAGGUCAAGUGUGGAAAUUCGACGGACUAGAACGGCAACCACAAUCCCUGGGUGAAUGCUCCGAGGAUGACUGGUUGGAGUUGGCUCGGCCCAAUAUCGUGGACCGAAUGACCGCAUACGAGGAAGAACAGAUUGAAUUUUCUAUUCUAGGGGUGGUUCGGGAUCCCCUGCAUGACCUGAUCCAGCAGCUUGCCAUCAAUGUUCGAAGUUUAGAGACGUUAAUUGCCCAACUGACAUCCCCCGCAACCCCGGUCCUUCCCGAUGCGAUGCUAUCCGAGCUCAAAGAGACGGUGCUGGGCCCCGAUCCUUCCUAUGGCUUGAGCCGCGCCGACAUUGAUGCGGCUGUUAUCUCCGAGGUCGCCUUUCCAGAAUUCGCCACGGACCUGCAACGACUGCGCGAGGUACAGCACCAAUUACGGGGUCGGAUAAGAGAGGAGCAACAGGCUCAACGAACUGACGAGGACCAUGCGACGGGACGGCGAUAUGACUAUGGACCGGCGGUACGGACGUGGCUGCGAUUUCUUGCACGCAAACAUAUGCUGGCGGAAUUGUUGUAA